CAGUCGCCCGCCUGCCAUGUGAGCGGCCGCCGGCAGCGCGCGCACCGCCCCCGCCGCCGCCGCCGCCACCAUGGGGAACGGCAUGAACAAAGUGCUGCCCGGGCUGUACGUGGGGAACUACCGGGAUUCCAAGGACGCGGCGCAGCUCGAGCGCUUCCAGAUCACCCACAUCGUCGCCAUCCACGACGCCGCACGCAAGCUGCACUCGGACAAGCACUACCUGUGCGUGAUGGCGUCGGACACACCGGACCAGAACCUGACGCAGUACUUCUCGCUGUGCAACGACUUCAUCCACGCGGCCAGGCUGCGCGGCGGUAACGUCCUCAUCCACUGCCUGGCGGGCAUGUCGCGGUCUGUGACGGUGGCCGUGGCGUACAUCAUGAGUGUGACGUCACUCUCCUGGAAGGAGGCGCUCAAGGUGGUGCGCGUCGGGCGCGCCGUCGCCAACCCCAACUUCGGCUUCCAGCACCAGCUGCAGGAGUUCGAGUCCUACCGGCUGGCCGAGGAGCGCCGCCGGCUGAAGGAGCGCUUUCCCAGCCUGGCGCUGGUGGCGCAGGACGAGCAGCAGUGCCGGGCCAUGCUGCGCUCCUACCAGUCGCUGGUGCUCUCCAGGGACAUCUGCGAGGGCGACUGCCCGCGCGGAACCGUCUGUCCCACCGGCCUCUGCAACACGCCCACCAAGAGGAGCGUGCUGCGGCGGAAGUCGGCCGGCCCGGGCCCGGUGAGCGGGUCGCGCGGGCCCACGCCGCCGUCCUCGCCGCGCAUGCUGCCGCCCACGCCGGCCGCGGUCACGCGCAGCACGUCCUCGCUAUCGGGCUGCGGCCGGCGGCCGCGCUCCGGCCCGGCCGGCCUGCACUCGUACACGUCGGCGCCCGCGUCGCGCGCCGGCUCGCGCCUCGACAUCUCGGCCAUGGGCGGCACCGUCGUGCUGUCGGCGCCCGCCUCGCCGCACCACUGGCCGCGCCGCUCGUCGCCGCCGUCGCCCGUCGCCAGCCACGCGUCUCCGCCGCCGACGCCGACGCCGACGCCGACGCCUGCCCUGCCCGCCGCGGCAACCGCCGCCUCCGCUGCCGCCGCCGUGCACAGCAGGACUGCGUAGUACAGCUGGUGGCCACGGCGCGGCGCUGCCGUCCCGUCACCUCCUCUCGCCACUGCACGCUGCGACAUCUCUCGUCGCCGCCCGUCUCUUCCCCGCUGCCGUGGGGAAUCCCCGCUGCAGUCCUUGCUCACUUAGCUUUUUAUACGCGUUUUGAGAACUCGUUACUGAGAAUAUUUCUACAUAGAUGAUCAUUCCGAAAAGAAUAGUUCCAUCAGCAACAAAGAAUAUUUAUUUCCUUGCGUUCGUAAUAUUUGUCAUAAGAGAAUUUAAUAUAAUCUGGGUCCUUUCGUCUACUAUCCCGCACUUUUUCCUUUGUUUCUCGACAUCAUCGUCCACAAUCGGCUAAGAUCGAACCACUGUGGGCAACAUUUACCUUACGUGCAUCAUUUUACCAUUUUCAUUAACCAAUACCGAUACAUCAAUAACCACCCAGUUAUUGGCACAGACCUUUUGUGAGUACUGUAUCGUGUCAUAAUUUUAAAAAACUUUACUGCAGAAACCAACGUUUCGGCAACGGUUACAGUGAACUUCUUCUGGAUCUACUGAUCAUCAUACACCCAGAAGAAGGCCACUGUAACCGUGUCCGAAACGUUGGUUUCUCCAGUAUAUUUUUUUACAUUAUGACGCCGUGCACUACUCAGAAAACUUUGUCAACUUGACUCUCGCCGCAGAAGGCUACGCAGUUAAACCUAGUCCCUGAACUUCGGUCUCAUUUUUCAAAUCUGUCAGUUUAUGAAACGCUUUCGAAGUUUAAAUUGAAGUUUUCAUACACAUUACAAGUCGCAAUGUAAUCUUUGCUUUAUUCGUCCACUCCUUGAAGACACUCGGUGCGGUGGUUAAUUGGGACUAGCUACAUCGAUAAAAAUCGAAGUUAAUCGAUCGGCAACGUCAGCUUUCCAAAGCUACCAACCUAGACUGCCUCUGUAAGACCACAACACUGAGUUUAGCUUUUUACUUGCUUCUCUAUACGAAAAGAGAUAUGGACGUAGAGUUAACAACACACGAAACAAUUCACAGCUCGCCAAACACGACGAGGAAUGGCGCAACGAUACCAGUAUGCAUCCACUGUCUGCUAGGCUACAGUUGGUAGUGAUUGGAAACAAGUCAGUAUCGAUCUAAAGUCGGACAUCGACUUGCGAAUUUUGUUGAUGCUGCUUUUCUCAUCAGCCAUUGCACAGACUAUUUUCUGGAUUGGGUGAUUCGUAGGUGUCCUGUCUGCUUAGCUGAGUGGUUAAGUGCUUGCCUCCCAUGCAGCAGGCGAGGGUUCUAUUCCUGGCCGGGAUGGAGAUUUUCUCCACUUAUGGACUCGGUGUUGUGUUGUCCUCAUGAACCUUUCAUUCUCAUCACCGUCAAUGCCACAUGCUCAUUUCAAUUUUUUGUACGAAGCAGAUGUUUGUUUGGAUAGCAAUACAGGAGGAGAAAUGUUGUUUCAUAUACAAUACAUAUCCUGAUUUACGUUUUACAUGAUUUCCCUAAAUCGUUCCAGGCAAAUGCCAGGAUGUUUCCGUCGAAAGGGAACGCACGAUUUCUUUCCCCAUCGUUGACACAAUCUGAUCUUAUGCUUUGUCUCUAAUGACUUCGAUGUCGACGGGACGUUAAAGCCUAUCUUCAUUCCUUCCUUAAUACAUCUCCAGUGAUCACAAGCCCUACAAAUCACACGCUGCUUCCACAAACUGCCUCCAUUCCUUUCUGUUUCCUGCUCGCUUCCUCCAGAUGUCUUGAGUCCCCAAGACUGCCUGGUCCUUCGCCCACACUGCUUUCCAUCCAGCACUGCCUGGUCUCCUACGGGGCGUCUGGCUUUGGUUUUCCCUCAGGUGCUUUCUUCACCAGUCUUUCUUCUGGCGUAGAGGCCACAUGACAUGCCCACUGGUUUCUUUUUCUCUUCAACGUCUGUAGGAUUGUUGGUUGUUGCAUCAAGAGGUAGAUUUACUCAUUCUUCCACCUCCAUCAUUCUUCUUUAUCUGAGAUCGGUUCUCAUAUGUUCCCGAUUACUCUUCUUUCAAAUAUUAAUACGUUUUUUCGUUUGGUCGAUUAUUCAUGCUCCAGGCUUUUGAUCGUUACAUGACUGCUGGGCAUAUACAUGUGUUAUAUAUAUCAUCUUAGCGUCCGCUAAUAUUGUUUUUGAGCGGAGCGUUUCCCUCGGGGAAUACAUGCACUUCAUUCCCGUUGCUAUUCUUUCCUUGAUGUUCAUUUUUAUGUUGUUGUUGCUGAUAAAUCAAGAUCCCAAGUAUCUGAAGUGAUUGAACUCUGUUGAAACUCACGAUAUCUAUCUCGAUAAAUUCUUGGUGCUGUUGUCUUCAUCCUAAUUGCAUGAACUCCGUUUUGUCUUGAGUCACCUUUAGCCCAACUGUAUGUGCAUAGCUGUCCAUUGAUUCGCUUAGCAGUACUGUAUCAUCCGCUUAUGCGAGAGAGUUGAUGUUACCAACCGUCUGCACUCCAGUCCAUCCCUGUUUCCUACAUUUCCUUAUUACUUUCUCUAAGAUGACAUUGAACUGAACACAUGAGAGAGUACCCCAUUGUCUGAGACCUGUGUCAGUCUGGAACGUUUCUGCUGUGACUUGACCCGUCCACACAACUUUCCACCAUUCUCCCUAGUGUCUCAGGGACUCUGAAGUCACGUAGUGCGUUGUAUAGGCUAUUCCUGUGGAUCAUGUCAUAUGCACGCUGAUAAUCAACUAACAGACUAUAGAUAUCUUUAACAUAUUCCCAGUAUUUUUCAAAUAAUUGUUUUAGGAUGAAAAUGUGAUCUAUUAUCGAGCAGUUUGAACGAA